AUGCCUGUCUUCCACACGAAGACAAUCGAGAAUAUCCUCGAGCCAGUCGCACAACAGUUGCACUAUGUGGUGGCGGUGGCUGAGGCGAGUGCAAGAAGAGAACCUCCACCGCCACUUCCAUCCACCGAUCCACCAUUACCUUCUCUAUCUCGUGCUUCAUCAAAAAGAUCGCUUCGAUCAGAGAUGAUCUCCGCGGACACACUUCAAACAAAAGUGACCGAAGAUGAUUGUCCCGUUUGUCAGUUGAUGUUACCACAGAAAAUCGCCGGGCAACGGUUUGGAUGUGUUUCCCGCUUGGUGAUCCUUCACGAGGAGGCUGAAGAUGGAGGAGCGAUGCCCGAUUUGACCCGACCUGUGUCCCUUGUUUCACACGCUGUCGAUAAUCUCAUCAAGGUCGGUUAUGAUACGUGUGAUCAUUCGGAUGAUCGAAUUCUUCAACAAGAUAUGCCACCAGCACUCCAAAGAGUUGAGGGAUCGAGUCGACUUUUGGAGGAUGCUUGCCGUCACCUCAAAGGCGAUCCCUACAGUGCGCCGGGAAGACAAAAGUUGAUCGAAGGCGCUAGAGGAAUUCUCCAAGGAACAUCCGCGCUUUUGUUAUGUUUUGAUGAGAGUGAAGUGAGGAAAAUCAUUCGCGGAUGCCGAAAAGUUCUCGACUAUUUGGCCGUGUCGGAAGUGAUCGAGAGUUUGGAUGAUCUCACGCAGUUUGUGAAGGAUAUCACCCCUUGGCUAUCACGGGUAUCUCAAGAUGUCAACUUGCGUCAACAGGAACUCACUCAUCAGGUUCAUCGCGAGAUCCUCCUUCGAUGCAUUGAUCAGAUCAAAACACUCUCACCGAUUCUCAUCUGCUCAAUGAAAAUAUUUAUUCAACUCGGACAGAGCCCAGGAUCGAGAGGACAAGCUGAAGCGGCCGAGAAUCGAAACUAUCUCUCACAACGGAUGACCGAUGAAAUGAAUGAAAUCAUUCGCGUUCUUCAGUUGACAACCUACGAUGAAGAUGAAUGGGAUGCAGACAAUGUGACCGUUAUGAGGAAAGCUUUGUCGGCGGCGAAAUCUCUUCUUGCAGCCGCAUUGGAGUGGUUGGCUGAUCCACGGGGUGUGCCUGGAUCGGUCGGGGAAAAGGCAAUUCGUCGUAUUUGUGAGUACGCGGAGCGCAUCGCCACCCGAGCACUCCCGGAAGACGCCUACGUCAUUCAACGUGCCACUUCCGAAAUUCAUUCGCUUACUAACGCGAUUUGUGAACAAAGAAAUCAUGGUCGUUACGAUAAUGAGGGUUUGGCUCAAACAUGUGCUCAAAAGCUGAAAGAUCUCGUGGGCACGAAACAAUCCACCGGUCUUUUACCCGAUGCGCUCACGAAUGCACACAAAGCUGGUAUUGGACAUCCUGCGCAUACGGCAGCUGGAAGACUUGAGCAAGCGUUGAGAUGGUUGGACAAUCCGGGAGUUGACGAUGGUGGAGUGGGUCUUCGUGCGAUCAAAAUGAUGACUGAUGAUGCAAGGAAAUUGGCUGAUCAACUCAAUCCACAAGAUAGAAAUCGCCUUUUGGGCAUUUGUUCGGACAUUGACCGCCUCGCCAACCAAUUAGCCGACUUGGAGAGAAGAGGACUCGGAAAUAGCCCCGAAGCGCACGCGAUUCGCCAACAACUCCGCGACAAAUUGAGAGAACUGGCCGAUUUCAUGAGAAGAGUUCUGACGGAUCGUGUUGUUGAGCAUUAUGCUGACAUCACGACCCCGUUGAAACAAUUCGUCGAGGCGUCGAGAGCCGAUUUCUCUGUGCCGAAUCGGGAACACAAUUUCCAUGAUAAAUCGUCAAACAUGCGCGAGCACUCCAGUCGCAUGACGUCGACGGCUCGUCUGGUCGCCUCGUGUGGUCCGUGCAAGAAUAAGAAAAUCGUUGAAGCGAUCGUUGACUCAGCUGAGAAGAUCGAUCAAAUGACACCACAAUUGGUGAACGCCGGAAAGAUUCGACUCCACAACAACACCGAUGCUGUCGAUCAACAUUUCGAGAAUUUGCACAGACAAUACGCCGAUGCCCUUCACCGUCUCCGAUCGCAUGUCGAUGACGCGAUCGAUACGGGAGAAUUCGUGAGAGCAUCUGAAGGAGCAAUGCGUCGAUACACCCAUCACUGCGAGGAGGCCAUCUCCACCGCUCAUCCACAGAGUAUGGUCGAUAAUACUAGCCAGAUUGCUCGUCUUGGUAACCGUGUGCUGAUGACGGCGAAGAAUGAGGCGGACAAUAGUGAAGAUCAGCACUUUGUUCGUCGGGUCAAUGAUGCCGCUUCAGGACUUCAUUCGGCAAUCCCACCAAUGGUCAACCACGCCAAGUCUGUGGCGAUGAACCCGCGUGAUGGAGGAGCGGCCGGGGCAUGGAGGGGAGCAAACGAUCAUCUACUUGAUAGUGUACGAGCUGUCGGUGAUGCCAUCACUGGACUCCCGCAACCGAGGGAAACCCGGUCAUACCAUCAAGAAACGAUGCGUUCCACUCAACCGUCCCCUGCACGACAUGAAUCAUCGCAACAUCUCCAUUCGAUGUCCGCUCAAGCACCAAGUGCACCAACCAUUCAUCAUAAGAUGAUUGUCCGAGAAGAGAUCCCACCGCCACCCCGUCCACCACCACCAGUCGAGAUCUCUCCACCACCCAGACCACCACCACCGCCUGUUGAUGAAGAGGAGGAAGAGACUCGAGCUUUCUGGGAAAGAUACCCACUACCCGGUGCUCAGAGUCAACCCAUUCUCUCGGCUGCUCACAAUUUGCACAAUGAAUUGAAACAAUGGUCCUCACACGAGAACGAGAUUGUGGCUGCGGCAAAGAGAAUGGCUAUUUUGAUGGCCAGACUUUCACAGCUUGUACGCGGAGAAGGAGGAACAAAGAAGGAUUUGAUCGAUUGUGCGAAGGCAAUUGCUGAUUCAUCCGAGGAAGUCACUCGUUUUGCUGUACAACUUGCACGACAAUGCACUGAUAUUAAGAUGAGAAUGACUUUGUUGCAAGUUUGCGAGAGAAUCCCCACAAUCGCCACUCAAUUGAAAAUCCUUUCAACUGUGAAAGCGACAAUGCUUGGAUCAGCUGUCACUAUUGGACCAUAUGGCCAGCCUAUUGAUGGAUCAGACGAGGAUGAACAGGCCAUGGAACAGCUUGUGCUUAACGCUCAAAAUCUUAUGCAAUCGGUGAAGGACACCGUCCGAGCAGCCGAAGCCGCUUCGAUCAAAAUUCGCACAAACUCCGGUCUCCGUCUUCGCUGGAUCCGAAAGCCGAUGUGGAGCAAUUUC